AAGGUUAUAUUCAAAGAGAUUGCAAAGAGCUUAAAGCUUCAAUAGAGACAAGAAAAUUAUUAAAAGAAGCCAAAGAACAACGAAAAAAAGCAAAAACUAAGAGUUUUGGUUUUUCAGAAGUUAAUUUUAGUCAAAACAACCUAUAUAUUAACCAGGAA